AGUCGCAGAGCUUUGAAGGAAACAGGGGAAUCGAUACCAAGAAAUAGAGACGGCCAUUAUGCUCGGUUGCGUCAAUGGAAGCCUCAACCAGGCCGAGUUUGGCAAGCCCAUGCCCUGGAUCGGCGUCUACAUUGCGGCAGCUUCCCUGGCCUGUGUGAUCGCGAUGGCCGCGGACGCCGCCGCAGGCUUCCGGUACCGGCAGCUCUGGUUCCCGAACCGCUACUUCGCCCUCAACGCCAUGUCGCUGAGCGUCAUUGCGGUCGCGGUCAAGCUCUGCGUUGACCUCAACACGCCAAUGGCGCGCCGGAAGGAACAGCUUGCCAAGCUUAGCAGCUCGGUCCUGAUCUGCACCGUGAUGGGCAAUUCGAUGCCUUCUCUCGGGUCAAUGGAGAACAAGGAACUCCGGUCCAACGUGAUCGCUCUGGCGAUUCUCGUCAUCACAUCUUUUGUGAACAUCUGUAUACAGUUGGGCACCGGAGUGAUCUUCGUCUGCAGGUGGGAACAUGCCUUCGUGAUGUCCCUGAUGCUGCUGUUGCUGGUGACCCUGAGCUUCUCGGCCGCGAUGGUCCCGACGAGCAAGUGCUACUUGGAGAUGAAGUAUUGCAAGAGGCACGAGCUGACUCUGAAGGAGAGCUUGAGCCAGAGCUGCGACAACGUCUUCGACAAGCUCAAGGAGCACCUGUUGAAGUAUGGGAUGAUGGCCCAUUCCUGCAACCCACAAUUCGUUGUGGCGCGGUCCGUGACGUGCACUGCUUCCGGGGCGCUCUGCCUCCUGAGCGCAAUGACCCUGGCGCAGGCAAUUGUCCGGGCUUACCUGCAGCCCUGGAUGUUCGAGUUCGUAUCCUGCUAUGGCCCGUCGGAGUCGGAGUCGGACUAUAAGUGGUCGAGCACGGCGAUUCUCAUCAUGCAGACUAUUGCAGUCGGGGUCGGCACAAUCGCACCAGCAUUCCGAUGGUUCCUCACGAUCAGAUUGAAAUGGCAGAGGCGGGGGAACAAGAGCUACAAGGAUGAAUUCAAGCCCGAAAAGUACUGGAUACAGCAAUUCAUAGAGAUUAAGGAGCGUCCGUUCAAUUUACACGUCCGGAGCCGGCGGUGUCGUAAACUCAUCCAUGACUCAAAGAACGUGGUUUUGGAUAUGCUCAUCAGAAUACAAGUCGGGAUUGUGUUGGGAAGCAAGGCCAUGAGGCUGAUCUCCAUUCUGUUCAUGAGCCCAAUCUUGUUGUUCUGUGAUUUGUACUCCAAUCUGAGGAAGAAGUUCAUACUGAACAUCAGCGAUUCAGACAAGGACUUGCACUCGAGUUCGCCCCUUGAAGGCUCGGCCUCAAAGCCGGACUUCAGCCAAUAUAUUUUGCAUCUCGAGGGCGAGGAAGAAUUGGUGCACGUCAUGAUGCGGAACAAAUGCGACACCAUCGAGCGUUGGAUCCAGAUGGGGAUGAACAAUCAGCCCAAACAUCUCGUGCAACUUUUGGAAGAGACGGAUCCUCGUGGGUUCACAGGGGUCAUGGACUUCGACAGCGAUGCAGUUCCUCCCCUGGAUUCUGCAGAACCACAGAACAAUUGGGCACUGCCGAUCGCGACCUUAACGAGCACAGCCGUCACCAUUCCAGACAUUGACCCAUCUGCCAGAAAACGAUUGCUGCGUGGUGUUCGCGAGGCCCUGAUGUAUGUCAACAUAGUAGAAGAAAGGCUGUGCGCAAAACAAGAAUUGAUGAAUGCCCGAAAGGCGGCGAGUAUUGUGUUCAUGGGAGUCGAUCUCUACCACAAAUGGCUCGACGUAGAUCUCCGCAAAAUUUCCCUCCAGGGAAACACCACAAAGGAUGUGCUCGAAGCGCUUGCGUGCACCGCAAAGAACGUUUUCGUCGAAUUCAAAGCUGUACCAACCCAUGGAUAUUUAAUGGAAUCCCCUUCGGCAUGGCCCGUCAAAGUACGGGCCGCGCAUUCCAUGUACCGUAUAAGCGAGACCCUGCUGCUCGAUUGCAAGAGCAGCGACUGUUAUAUGAGCAACAGAAUCUUCGAGAAGCUAUCAAGGAUGAUCUCCGAUAUUAUUGCGGCCUGCCUCACCAACUUAGAACAUGUCAUAUUCACCGAGUGCUCUCGCAGCGGCAUUGAGGGCCGGACAGAGAGCGUGUGGUCCGCCGCUAUUCUCCUCGGAAGAACGGCAGAAGUGAUGAAAAUCCUAAGCCGGAGGGAGCUUCCAUGUCUGGACUCCGACCAAUUGGCGAGCAUUGACGAGUGGCGAGCAAUGACGAGCGUGCCUUGAGUGACCUGAGGAAGGCUUUACCAACGAAGCCAUUCACAGAUGAGA